UUUCCUCCCGAGGCGGCGGCGCGAGGGUGCCCGGGCGCACCAGCGGAGGCCGACGAGCGAUGAUGCUUCAGCCAAUGCAUGUUGAGGAAGAUGCUGCCACCACAGUCUUCGUUUCCAGUUGAAUAUGCAUGCUAGAAUGGCUGCUGCAGGUGCCUCCUGCCUCGAGGAGAAAGUCAGAGCCAGGUCUCCAUCCACCCUCUGCGGACAACUCGAGACCCACAAUCGGCAGCUGCAGGAGGAGAAUGGGGCAGCUGACCAGCUCUCUGAACAGGGCGAUGCUUCCUUCGCAGCCGCAGAGCAGAAUCGGCAGCCAGCAGCUGCAGGCAAGUUGAAGAAAACGGCUUUCAAGCUCUUUGGUGGGAAGAGGAGCAUCUGUACACUACCCAGCUUCUUUGGAGGGAAGAACAAAGGCCCGGGGAAGGGGACCUCUAAAAAGGGCCUGUGCAAAAGUAAAACUCACGACGGCCUCAGUGAUGUUGGAUGUGAAGAUGCUGGUGGAAGACGCCUCCGGAGCCCUUCGGAUGGUGGAACGGACUUCCCUUCUCCUCAGCUGCCAAGCUCUCAGAGUGCUCUUUUGUCAACGGAUGCCAGCUCUCAGGUUGGUUUUGUCGGGCGGUCAACUUCUCUCUGUGGGAGUUCCGAGGCCUUUGAGAAGAAACCCAGUGGAGAUAAAUCUUUGUUCCUCCCACGGCCUAAAAAAGGGCUGAAGGGGCUAUUCAACAGCAUUCGGCGGCAUCGGAAGAGCAAAACUAAUGAACCUGAGAGAACUGAGCUGCAAGAAUGGACUUCUAGGGGAGCUGUGGCUGAAGAGCAAGGCCAAGGAAAUAAGCAGGUGGGCAUUGAAACCGAGCCGGUUUCUGAGAAGACGACUCUUAAAAGCACGGUGCUUCCUCCAGAGCACAGGGAGAGCCUUCAUAAUCAAGCUGCGCCUGGAAUAAAGGCAAGCCUUGUAGAAUCUAGGGAGACAGACCAGCUGGUAGCUCAUGAAAACAAUUCUGCUGGAGGAGCAGCCACUGGGAUUGCAAGCUGCGAAGACUCUCCAGAUGUUGAAUCGGAAGUGGGUGACACCCUCUGUGCAGCUUCUAUCUAUGACGGCCUUCCAGAUGCUCUCCAACCAGAGUUCUUAGACAGCGAUCCUCCCUCUGUCCCUCCUGGGGACCAGCUUAGCUUGAUGUUUGGAGAUGUGACUUCCCUUAAAAGCUUUGACUCUUUCACUGGCUGUGGAGACAUUAUUGCUGAGCCGGAUAUUGACAGUAUCACAGAGAACUCCGCUUCCGCAGGGCGGGUUAGAGAUGCCACCAAAAGGAGUUCCUGCCUUGUUACUUACCAGGGUGGAGGGGAAGAGAUGGCUGUGCCUGAUGGUAUAGAGGAGUACCUCCAGCAGGUGUGGGAAGGUGCUGUCAAAGGGGAUGCCACCACUUAUGAAACUCACCUACCCGAAAUCGUGACAAACACUGAGCUCCAAGGAGUGAACGGUUGCAAGCAGGGUCCUCCCCUCUAUGCUGAAGGCCCAAGAAAUGACAUGGAUCUCCUCACUCCGCACAGUGACCAACAAGAAUCUGCUCCCAAUAGUGAUGAGGGUUACUAUGAUUCCACCACCCCAGGUCCUGAGGAUGAGGCUGGAGAUGAAGAAAUCAAGAAGGAUCGCCUCCCAAGGGAUAGCUAUAGCGGUGAUGCUCUUUAUGAAUUUUAUGAGCCAGAUGAUGGGCUCAUGAGUCCCUCCCAUGGGAAUGAAUCCUGGUUUGACAGGAAGGCUUCCCCUUCCAAGACCUUUGGCCAGUUCUUGGACUUUUCAAUCCCUGCAGAGAAGGAUUUGGUCCAGAUGAUGGAGCAGAAGAGCGGAGUGAUGGAAACAGAGGAGGAGAGGCUGGCUGCCAUUCAGAAGCAGCUUCUGUACUGGGAGAUGCAGCGAGAGCCAGUCUUGAAACACCUGGAGGUGCUCAGCAAGGACCAGCGUCCCAGGGAAAAGGAGUGCAGUGAAUGUAAAACAAGAGCGGCUGGCUUCAUUGGCAGGUGUCCACGUUGCCUUGGUUGCGAUCAGGGCGCUCCUCAUGCUUUGAGCAGAAGCCUCAACGCCAGCAUCUCAGCGGAAAACCAAGACUGGAGGGACUUGCAAGAGAUGCUGUGCCCCAAAAAAUGCUCUGAUGGCAAUUAUGGUCCCAAAGUACAUGGCGGUUGCCUUACUGAGUUUGUGAAAAAUGGUGUCAUGUUGGAUUCUAAUUUGGAGCAUACAGUGCUCGAGUCCUAUGCUUUGAGCGGCUUGGCCUUGGAAAAAUCUGUGACGUACCCUUUCUACAGAACACACGGCCGCCACAGUUGCCCAUCAAGCGAGCUUCACAGUGGAACUGAACCCAGCUUUCGAGAGUCCUGCACAGAAAGCAAAUGUGAACCAGAGCAGGCUGUGAAUUUCUCUCAAGCGCUGGUGGAGUUCACUAGCAGUGGGACUCUUUUCUCCAGCCUCUCUGAAAGCCUUGGGAGCUCGGACUCGGGCUCCGCGUUCACUCAGAACCUUCCUGCUCUCCCGACUAUGGUCACGUUUGACAUUGUGGAUGUUGAGCAGGAAGGCGAAGGGGAGUGUGAGCAGCACUUGGAGAUGAACACUGAUGAGGACAUUGCUGCAUCCUUUGAGGGAUUUGAUGAUAGCUACGUUCCAAAAGAAUCCUUCGCUGAAUGUGAUGAGAGAAUGUUUCCUGGGUACCCACAGAGUUCUUUCCAAAGCGGUAACUGGGGGGUUGCAAGCCUCCCCCGUUGUCUUCGGCUUCAGGAGCUGAGCCCACCCAUGCCAGAGCCGUUGUCCAUCUGCAGGAGAAGCCGGUCCCUGGACACUGAGAGUCUGGAGUUUGAGCUUGGAAGUUCUCAGCUAUCCAAGAACGGCCUGCAGCCUUGCAAGCUUUGGUCUAAAAGGAGUGGCUGCAAAAAGAACUCUGUUGGGCCAGGACUGAGCACCGGCCAGGAGAACCCUCCAAGUUCUGCUGAAGAAAGGGAAGGCAAAGGCACCCUUCCUUGGCCAGGACUACAGAAUGUGUCUCACAGUACAGAUAUGUUUUCUUCUCAAGAAGCAAAACAGUGGGACUGUGAUCUGAAUGCACUGGGCUGCCAGAGCACACAGGGUGCGCUGGAAUUGUUGGGUACAGAGCUGCCUUUCACGUCAGUGCUGCAGAACUCGAUGAAGGAGACCACUGGGAGACCUCAACACGAUGGGACCAAUAAUCCAGUGCUUCAGAUGCCGAGACUGAUGGCCAGGCCUUCCAGUCUCCCUCUGCAGGCUCCAGUUGAGUCCCAAGAAGUGUCUGCUGCCACUCGCAGGCAUUGUGGAGACAACGUGGCUAAAAAGCUGGCUUGGGUGCUCCCCUUGGGAGACAGCGGUUCUGAAUUACCUUCCAGCUUUGCUUUUGCCUGUUCCCCUGACAAGCCAGCAGUUUGUAAGCCUGUGGACAUGAUGGAAGGAGGACCCCAGCUUCACUGCAGCAACGACGAGGCCUUUGCGAGUGAGGCUGAGCAUUGUGGGAGCUCCAAAGACGACCUGCUGAAAGGGAGAGCCGGACAUUGGACCACACCCUCGGCCAGUUGUCAGAAUGUCACAAUGAAUGUAACGGUAGCCAAAUAGCGGAUGUGAGGAUUGGUGAUGGGUUAGGGUGGGAUGGGUUCCGAGGGUUGUGGUGGGAUUUGGAAUGUUGCAAACCGUUAACUUUAAAUUAGAGUUGGGGGUAACAUAGUCAGUUCUUUCCUCAGUGGUGAGGAUGGUGCAGAGUGUAAAUUCUGCUGAUGGUGCUCUUCCCUAGAGUAACAAUAUUGCUGUUUCACUCCGUGAGCCUCCAUAACUGCUCAGUAAAGGGACGAAGGAGAGAUGCCGGCUCCAGUGCCCCUUUGAUUACAGUUGAUCCAUCUGUUAGCAUCUCAGUCUUGGCCUCCUAAGUUAAAGGGGCAGCAUCACUUUCUGGAGCCGUCAGGCGGCCAAAGCUUUUGCCCUUUUCUCUUAAAUACUUGGGGUUUUGACUGGAAUGGUUUGCUCCGUUUUUCAGCUUCUUGAGGAAAGUCAUUUGUGGGAAUGGUUGCAUCCACAGAACAGGGAAAAUCCAUACAGUCUCUUGCCCGUCGAGGACAUGGAUGGGAACCAGUUGCAAAGCUGUGAUGAUAGCUUGCUUGGUUAAAAUGGGCAAUGCAGGGCAAGAGAGAAAAUGAUAUUUUUAGAUAGGGUAUGCUUUUAGAAGAGAAGGGACACAAUUGCAGAUUUUUAAGGGGGUGAUUUUUUAAAAAGUCUGCGCUUCAUGCCGUGUCCCAUUUAAAGACUGAAUUCCCUCAUGUUCUAGUGAUGACUGAGCUUCUUUUAGUAGAAUGUCUGUUCCUGGGUACCCCCAGUACCUGGAGUUCCCUAAGCUUAGUCACCAAACUAGUUACACUGGAAUACUUGGGUUGAAAUCUAAAUCUUGGUGAAUCUGGCCUAUUUGUUCUGGUGGAACUGGUUUCUCUACUGGAUUGCAAUAUUUCAGAAAAGCUGUUAAGUAGAUUAACACCUGGAGUUGCCAUGUUGCAAUUUCCUUGCAUCUUCUUGGCGGGCUGGAAUCCGUAGCUUGUGUUGUAGGGUCCGUAGCGAGCAAACUGGGUGAGGUCUCAUCUCUGUCUCUCCCAUCUGGCCCAAGACAUGUCACUGCCCAAGGCGGAAUGUUGAAAUGUCACCUUGGCAUACACAAACCCAAUGAUGAAUUAAAGCAAGGCACAAUCCACUCAGGAGUUGUCCUGUGUAAGUGUAGCUGAAACCAGCAAGAGUGUUGGGGAGCUUUCAACAUGCCUUUGUACAGAGAGGCUUCUUGGUGGACUGAUGUUCUGGAGGUCACCCUCCCCCUCCUGCUUACUCCCAUGGCAUUUUCUGUCUGCCACCUGAAGUGGACAUCAGAGUCAUGCCGUGUAGGCAUCUUGUUUCCAAGAUUAGCCAAUAAGAUACCCUCUGGAAGCAAAAAAAAUGAGGCCUAAAGACAACAACCCUCCUUAGCUUUUUGCCCCAGCAGUGGCCGUAUGGGAGGAGAAUAGCCUUUGGUUCUCCAUAGAUUAGUUUGUGAGAACUUGUGGCUUACUCCAUUCCUAAUCCUUGCCUCUCCAAAAGCUACAUUAUUCCUUCAACUCUUUCCUAUACUUCGAAGCUACUAGUGGGCGAGUCAGAGGGACAGAGCUUCUGAGAAGCAAGCAUAGGCCUAAGGUUUGCCAUAAGUGAGUAUUGGAAUGGCUGGCCAAAGCAAUCCAUCCAGAUUCUGGAAUCUACCAAUGUUGGGAUAUUUAUUUCAGGCUUAGAAGAGAUGAGAUCCACUGAGCCAAUGGCAGGCAGCUCAACAGGAGGUUGGUAAGGGUGGAAUCCAGAAACCCAGACGUGGAGUUGCACUUGUGGAAUGGAAUAUUUCCUGUCUUCUGCUUCCAGCUGUAGCUUCUCCCAAAACAAUAAGGUGAACCUGAACCCUCAAUAUUGAUGUAGAAAUUCUAGCAGGCAGCUGGAGCUCUUGGGAGAACCAACAAAAAUCGGGUUCCUUCAUUCAAGGGGGCAUUUUGAUUGGGGAGAGGGGUGAUAUUCAGUCUACCAACAUCUGCCAAAGGGAGGGUUACUUGUGAUGCACUUGGCAAACAAUCCUGUAUGAUAGGUGAGGUUCCAGUUUGGGGAUCUGGGCCUGCCUCAUUUUGUCUCCAUUUUGAAUUGCUGUUGUUCCCACACCAGGACUCUUCACAAUCAAACCAUCUGCACUGUGGACAGCUUUUCACAGUGGCCUCGCUUGGCCUUGCAUUCUUGGGGGUGGGGGGGUGGGGGCAACAUAUUUUCCAUUUAAACAUGUCACCAAAGACAUCUUGUGAAGUUUGUUGUCAAAAGGUGUCACUUUUGCAUAUGUAAAAAAUUAGAAUGUUCUUAUCUGUAAAUGUGUGUCUUCUAGCAUUUUUGGUUGUACAUAUUUAAUGGAAUGAUUUUUAAAAAAAAAACAUUUUAUAUAUUAAUGCGUACAAA